UGGGAAUGUGUUAUGGGAGCGGAAAAGACUAUCCAUAUUGCCUGCAUUAUGGCAUAUCAUUUUUUGAUUGCACCAACUGAGUUAUGUGACAAUGGACUGCCCCUUUUAGAGAAAUAAAUAAAUACUCGGUGAGAUGAAAGCCUACCCUUGCCAUUAUGCCUUCAAUUCCACCUUCGAUUAAUGUAAAAAAGUGAACUGAUGAAAGUUAGGCUAAUGAGGUACAUUUGUCAAAUACCGGUAGGCCUAAGUAUUGUGGAAUUCUGAAAUGUUCGUGUGUGUGAGUUUAUUCUUGUAAUCAUUGGACAAUAACAAUAUUUAUCACUAUAUUGCAUUUGUCCUCUUUGUGCGAUGCACUUUGAGGAACCAUUAACUAGGAAGCGUUCUUACCGGGACUAUUUGAAGGUGACACAUUUGACCGCUUGAGUGAACCGUCAAGAAAGAUUGCUAACUUACUAGCUAGCUGGCUAGUUUUGUUUUCUCUCAUUUCUGUGCUUUGUAGAGAUGGACGACCAAGGGUGUCCGAGAUGCAAGACAACAAAAUACAGGAAUCCUUCCCUGAAACUGAUGGUGAAUGUUUGUGGCCACACGCUAUGUGAGAGCUGUGUGGACAUGCUGUUUGUGCGCGGCUCGGGGAACUGUGUGCAGUGCGACACGCCCCUGAGGAAGAGUAACUUCCGUGUGCAGCUCUUUGAAGACCCUGCCGUCGACAAGGAGGUGGAGAUCCGUAAGAAGGUGCUCAAGAUUUACAACAAGAGAGAUGUUGACUUCUCCAACUUGAGAGAAUACAAUGACUACUUGGAGCGAGUGGAGGAGAUCGUCUAUAACCUGACCAACAACCUAGAGGUGGAGGGGACCAAACAGAUCAUGGAGGCUUACCAGAGAGAGAAUAGAGACAUCAUCCAGAAGAACAAGGCCAAGCUGACUCGAGAGCAGGAGGAGUUGGAGGAGCUGCUGUUGUUGGAGCAGCAGGGGAACGAGCAGCGCAGGCUGGAGACUCUGCAGGAAGAACAGAGACAGUUACAGGCUAAGAGGAAGAGCAAGCAGGCUCUACUGGACGAACUGGAGCGCUCUCAUGUCCCCGCCACCAUCCUGCUGGCCCAACACAAGGACCGGGCCGCCCAGCUGGAGACCCAGAUUGAGAAGCAGAAACAGGUGGUCAAAACCACCAUCUUCUCCACCGGCAUCCCUAUGGGUCAGACUGUGUCGCUUCUGCCUGUGACCCGGUUAGAAGAGGUUCUGUACCUCUACCAGCCCAUCCACAUCCACACAUACGGACCCCCCGUUCCUGAGCUGGAGCAGCUGGGGCGACUCGGGUAUUUGAACCACGUGCGUACUGCCCAGCCCCAGGACAUGGCUGGAGGAUACAACUCAGGACUGGCGUGUCAUCGAGCCAUCCAGGAUGCCUUCAGUGGGCUCUUCCAUCCACUGGGCUGACCCCUCAAAAACAGAGGGAGGAGCUCAGAAAUAUGAGGCUGUCAAUAUAAACUCUUGUCCUAGGACUCAAAUCACCAUCCUGCUCUACAUUGUGGAGGGAGCCAUAGACCGCUAUGGAUGGUGGUUUAAAGUCAGACCAGGAUGUAUAUGUUGCUAUUUUUGUAUUAUCUUAUUUUCAUUUUUAUUAAAAUAAAUAUUUAAAAAACAA